CUGGAAGACAAUCACCUCAACUCUCAAAUCCAUGUUCGAUGAUAUAUAUUCAGUUCAGUUAUGUUUUACAUCAAUCAAAACUAUUCACAUCUGCAGGAUUCCCUGGACCAAAACUCUCUUCUCAUCACGGUUCUUGAUUCCAGAGAUCUGGAAGACGUGUGAGCGGCUCUCCAUGCUGAAGAAGAGACAAAUGCAAAGCAGUAUGGAGUGGCCCGAUGAGUUUCCUGACGACCAUGCCUUUGUGGAGCUGCUGGUUCCAGGUGCUUCGAGUGACCUGGACUUUGAACUGUUUCUAAAAGACACAGAGGAGAAACUCAAUCUCAAUGCCAGCAGUCUCCUCACUGGUUCGACAGAUCUUGACAGCCAGACACUUUGUUCAGUCACGACUGGCAUUGAACGGCAGUCGAGGGAGAUCCAGGCCAAAAUGGGGGAGUCCCGGACUGAGGAUCGUUCGCCGAGUCCUUCACAGUGCCUGCAGUGGUUCAGCCUCAGAAUGCACAACAGUGCCCGGCCUGUUACUACAGGACAUCAAGAGUUCAUUGACUUCCUCCGAGCUUUGCAACAGUACCUCAGAUCUGAUGAAGACGGGAGAGAGGAGGUGACCCUUCACUUACUGCUGAAUCUGUCAUCCCAGUGUGGUGUCUGCUUUCCUUGUACCCCUUCGUCUUCCUCCUCAUCUUCCUCUCUUCCGCCUCAACUGUCCGCCGCCUCCAUCAACUCGGUACACACAGUCAGAGAUGAUGCUGCAUUAGAGAUCCAGGAGGUAUGGGAUGAUGUGCGUCUCCAGUUACGCUGCCACCUGCUGGACCGGCUGUCUUCUCGCAGCCCGGAGCACCCGGGAGCCGGACAAACUUUCAUUCUCUCCAUCCCUGAACGGGUCCACUGUCUGCAACAGCUGUUCUUUCUUUAUCCUGAGUCUGAGGCGCUCACACAUUACCAGGGCCUAAGAAGCCAAUCUGUGCAGGUUAUCCUGCACUCGGCCAUGAGCUCCUGCCCAGGUGCUGAGACUGGCUUUGACAGACUGGCCCUGGGUUUCCGCUCGGUGAUCCCAGCUCUGACUCAAGCGCUCACAGAGGAGCUCCAAGUCCUUUCAAGAGUCACAGAGCCACACACCGUCCUCGGUUUCCUUAAUGCAGCCUACUUCAGCACUGUGGCCAGAGAACUGGUCUCCCGGCUGGAGAGGGAGUGUGAGAUGGCCCGGCGGGACAACACCACGCUCAGCAGCAAGAUGAAAAAAUAUUCAACCCAGUCCUGUGCCACUGUGGCACCAAAGGAGCUUCCAAUGAGGAGCUUUAGUCUGACAUCCCACCAGUUGAGGGCGUUAACCCAGCUGGCCUGCAAUCUGCUGGGGUUUGAGAGCAACGUGAGGGAGCUGGUCACCAACAUGACCUUCAUUGACUGUACUGGAGACACCCCCUGUUUAAAAGGCAUCUUGAAAAAGAGUAGAGCGGAUUCAGACGUGACAACAGAUGGCAGGAAAUCUGCAGCAGAAAGACCUCUCCACACACCAGAGGCACAGGUUUUGGAGUUUAACUGGAGGUCAGCAUUUAGGGGGCUGGUCCCUCACAUGGAGCAUUGUGUUAAAGUGGUGCUGGAUGAUGUUUGUGCCAAGAGUCUACAGCAGGACGAGGCCUUAUACUCUGCAGGACAAACCUCUGUCACCAUGUGUAGCACAACUGGAUUCGCUGCCAGCACCACACAUCUCAAAGAGGACUCCUUCUACACAUACUCGGAGAGGGAGACACCCAAAAUGAUAGCCAAGUUUUGUGGAACAAUCUUGGCCGAGUUGGAUGCCUUACUGCCGCUGGCAGCCGCCUGCAGGGACAGCUCACUCCUGGAAGUGCGAGCGAGCUUUGUGGAGGCAUGUGGAAGGGCAGCGUUUGCCAUGUUGGACCGUUUGCAGGAGAGAGCCCUGGCAGUACCGUCCUCAGCGCCCGCGAAGAACCUGCCCGCUCUGCUGGCCACUUGCGUUCAUGUGCGCCAACGACUGGAGCACUACGACGCCAGGCUGAAAGAUUCAACCAUGACUGCAGCUAAAGUACCCCUGACAUUACUGCCUAUACAGAGGUACCAAGAUACAGUGGAUGCCUUGAAAGACCAGCUGACCAGCUAUUGUGUCCAGGUCUGCUCCACCUGUAUUCUUCAGGAUGCAGAGAGUAACCACUGGGCUGACCCCAAACCCUUCUACGAGGGCGAGCGCUGUUCCUUUUCGGUGCAGAUGUGGUUCUAUUUCCUGUGUGGGCUCCGUAGUGACCUGUGGGCAGUCCUUUCGGCAGAGUUGGCCAAGGAGGUGCUCGGCCAGGUGCUGUCACAGACUUUACUAUUGCUGGUGCAAAGAUAUGCAAGGGCCCGUCCUUCAUACAAGAGACAUCUGCAAAUCAGAGGUGACAUCACAUUGAUAUUGCUGUAUGUGGAGCAGCUCAUGUGGAGCUUGUGUGAAAGUCCAGAGGCCUUGGUGCACCCCAACCCUUCCUCAGCGAUUGCCAUAAUGGCGGGCGGGUCAGACUGGCCAUACCAAAUCCACAGCCUGUGUGGACAACUCCUGACAGUCCUCGUCAUUGCCACAGCACCUCUGUCUUUGCUGUAUAGGACAUUUAUGAUUAAUCCUGCAGAGGAAUCCAUGCCACGCCAGCCUGACAGCUCUGUUGUACACUGGCUAAAUGCUAUCAACCCUGACCUCUUCACAGAACAGGCCAUACGAGAUGGCCUUAUGAGCCAGUCAGCCCUUGCGUGCCAGCUGAGGCUGCUGACCUCUGACCCUGGAUGCAAUCCCAAGUUGCUACUAAGAAUGCUGCUCUACAGAGACUGUCACCUGCCCAGAAUACUCCUGGAAAACUCUUAUUUUUGCCAGGAGAGCGCCUUGGAGAUGUCUACAGAGAGUUGCCAGGCAGGAGACAACUUCAUAGUCACAUUGUUCAACCUUUUCAAUUGCUUGAAUAAUGUUCCCAGAGCCUUGACUCAGGCACUUCAACCAUACCUGGAGAGGGCACAUCUGUGGGAACAUCUCUACACACUGGCAGACACAACGCUGACAGCGCCUGUGGUGAUCAGCUGUGUCCGGGAUAUAGUCACCAAAUCCACCAACAGCCUCCUGGCACAUCUGGUCUCCAUGGUGAUGGGUUGGCAGGCCACAGAGGAGCUGAGUGGAGCCUUGUUCAAACUGAAAAUACCAUGGAGCGUCCUGGCUAAAAUUCCCAAGGAGUGGAACUACACACCACUUGAAGCGCGGCGAAAGGACACUCAGACUGCCAUAUCCCUAGCCAUGCAAGCCAUGUCUUUCAUUUUCACCAACCUGUACUUGGCUGUAGCCUCUGUGCCUCUCCCAAUCCGCUUCCUAUUCCAUGUGGCAGAGAAGCACCUCUCCCAGCAUGCCCGGCAGCUGCGCUGGGUGGGCCUUUUGCUCUGGGCCUUGCUAGGGUGCCUGAUCCGGGGUCUGGAGGACCCGGACACACUAGAACAUAUCAGUGAUUUGACCCUGGAUCGCGGGGCAAAGGACCGUCUGUCCCUGCUGGCUGAGUGCCUCCAGGCUGCCAUGGGUAUUGAACAGAAAUCUGCUGUGUGUGUCUGGCAGGGUGUCCCCAAACCCACAGUGCUCAAAGUGCUGCAGGCUCUGGAGGAAAAACGACCCAAAUGGACAAACAUGCAGCUGCAGAAGGCCCGCAAGCUCUGCUCAGACAGUGUAUUUGAGCGAGAAAGGGAGAGUGAAGUCGCUGCUGCUGAACUGACUGAGCAGAAAAUAGGCCUGAUGCUGCUGGAGGUCUGCCACAAAGCAGGUGGCAGCGACUACCUGAAGCAGAUCUAUCACAUCAUCCAAGGCAAUGAGGAACUGUUGUUGUCAAAACUCAAAGGAAGCACAGACUCACCAAAUGACCCUCCUGGCUUGGUGAACUUUGGCCUUCGCUCUGACAGUCCCCUGGACGCAGCUUGUUUCAACCCUCUCCACCAAUUUGACCACAUUGGCAAGAAGAAGCUGGAUCAGGUUGCCAAGCAUUUUUUGGUCAUCACAGUUGAGUGCCGUGGUCGACUGGGCAUGGGACUGGCCGAGGCUGCUGCCAGCAUACCAGGGCAUGAGUCAGGUCACCUUCAAAACCCUGCUGGCCAACAGGUGGGAGAUGCAGGAGGGUGCAGAGCUGGAAGAUGGAGAGAAAGCGAUGUUGGAAGAACUCAAGAGAGCCUAUUUUGUUUGCUGCUGCAGUGCGGGACCACAGGACCCUUCUGAAGCUGAGGAGACACUAGCGCAGCAGAUCCAGGGGGGAAACACAACCAUCUGAUGAAAGUGCUGCCCAAUGAAAGUCCAUGCAGUUUUUUGUUUUUUUUUAUCAUGUCACAAACGUUCGCUUGUAAUAUACACUUGCAGCUCUCAGGGUUGUAGAAUGUGUGGUUGUGAGUGUAAGUGGGUUUGUGCAUGUACUGCAUGCAGUGAGUUUGCAUACCUGUGCGUUUGUGAGAGAUCAUGAGCGAAUGAGAUGACGAGAAACUGUAACAACAAAAAGAGCGAGGGAGACAGUUCCUCCCUCUUUAUACACAUGCAUCAGACAAACUCCCCGUGCUUUUCUACGCCGCAUCAGAUGCAUUUCAUCUUUUUAGAGCACAUCUCCAGAAAUCAGUUCUGGGAAAUGGAGAACCCUGAUUUGUUUGUCUGGGACAAGAUGUGACUGUGUGAUCAUUCUAGGCACUUUUAUUUUUUUAUUUAUAUUUUUUGGAGUCAGUCAGUGUAAAGACAUUGGUGUCAGCAUACUUUCUCCUGGUUCCUGAAAGCAAACAUCAAAAAUUAUGACUGUGAAGCAAGAAGAUGUAUGUUUUGAUUAGAGUGUGUCCCAAAAAAUCUGCCCGGCUAUGUGAUAUCAGUCAGUAUUUUGUGCAAACUGAGAAAACAUUUAUUUUGUGUGUUGCUCCGUAUAUUUUUUCCAACUGUGUCUGCAUUUUGUUAUUUAUGAGAUGAAGAGAGAGAAUGUUUUAGAAUUAAACAUGAAAAUAAAAUAAUGUUCUUACUCCA